AGAACCUUAUUGAUACAGAAGCAUUUUUGUUAUUGGACGAAACCAACUUGAAAGAAAUGAAUUUGGCAGUUGGACCACGAAUAAAGCUACUAAAAAAAUUGCAAGAACUUCAGGUACUUUGUCUUUGCAAUUUUUGUAUGAAAAAGUAUAUUUAUUAUUUGUUAUUAACAAUAUCCAUACAAUUAAACUUGAUAAGUUUAAGGUUAUUACUUUUUGUAGGAAUCACUGAGUUUUAUAAAAGCUAUGUAAACGCUCGAAUAAGCAUUGUAUGUCUGAUUUUGCAGACUUUAUUGAUUUUGUAAACGUUUUCCAUUAGGUGAAUUUGUUCGCACGAUUGCGGAGUGAAAACUUAAACCAGCAAUAUAAUUGGCUUGCGAAACAAAUCGGCGCGAGAAUGCAGAAAGCCAUCCAACAAACGUUUGAUUUCAUCACUUUGCUUCUUGCAUACCAGAUGCGACAUCAAGUGUUAUCGUUUCAAGAUAGUUCAGCUUUAGUUUAGCUCUUAAUUUUAAGAUUAAUUUAAUGAUAAUAUAACACAAUUAAACAAAAACUGCGAAUAUCAAGAGGCGUAAGCAGGGCCGCCGAGAGCUUGAUGGGGGCCAGGGGCAAAUUUUUUUCGCCCCCCCCAUUUCAAUUUUUUUUUCGGGAAAAAAAAAUUUUCACACAGCAACAACCUCCCCCCCCCCCCAUCGAUAACUUUUUUGGGGAAAUUGUUUCCGGACGAGUACGUUGUAAUUGCUUUCCAGCGACUUCACCUCAAUUCAUACCAAAUUUGGAUAGUUUGCCCAAAAAACAAAUAUCUUGCCCUUUGCGCGGAAAUUUUUCACCCAAUAAAAAUGACUGGGGCCCAAAACAAAAUUCUAGGGGGGGGGGGGGCAGAACCUGGGGGCCCAGGGCAAUUUGCCCCUCCAGCCCGGACAGGACCAGUAUUCCUCAAAUCCAAUUUUUCUGGAGUGGUCAGCUGUGCGUGUAUUGUUCUCUAAUAGCAAUACGCCAUGCAUGUCUUUUUCAGGGGGGGGGGGCAGGAGCAGACAUCAAACUGUACAAUAUGCUUAAGCAUGUUUGGAGGCAUGUUCCCCUGAGUCUGAGAACAUUUUGGAUUACUAACCGACUCUGCUACACCCAUUUUCUGCCUUCUAGGGCAAGUUUUCACCUGUUAUUAUAUAAAUUGUAUGGGUUUGGGGUUACCCUGAGAACAUUUUGCAUUAUUAGGGUCUCUAUAACAUCCAUUUCCCACCUUCUAAGGCCAAUUUUUACCUGUGAUGGUUUUAUCCCCCCAGGAAAUGUUGGAAUUUCAAGCAUGAGCAAUGCUAGUUUUUUGCAUUCUGAGCGAACAUUUUUACGAUGCUUUUAAUUAACAAGGUGGAAUUUCAUUGUCGACCAAUCAGCGCUUUUGUUUAGAACGCGACAUCAGACCAAAUGGAUUAGUCCGUUUAAAAGUCUUUCAAAUCACGUUUGAGAGGUUUUACUUUUAAAUAUUUAAAAAUACUUUUAUCUUCAUAUUUUCGCAUUAACUUAUUAAUAUCCUGUGAAACAAGUAAACACGACAAUUUUGGGACGGGACAAGUGGCAUGCCAUGCUUGCUGAACAGCGUGGCAGCAAUAUUAUGUUAUGCAUGUAUUUGUUUCUGCAAUUUAUCCCUUGUAUGCAUUUUUUCUGUUUAUUGCUACACCAGGGUGGUCGCAAUGUUUUGUGCAUUUUAUAGGGGGGGAUUAUUUUUUAUGCAAAUAUGCUAGGGUCAAGGAGGUAAUCUGUAGUCAUACUGCUGUAGUCGUUCUUAAAAAAUAAAAAUGGUAAUAGAACAAAAACACAUUAGUUCAGGGAAGCAGACAAUCUAUGCUUCCAAAAUCCAGGAAUUAGCAAUUCAAAAACUAAAGAUUAUAAAUUUUGGGGAAGCAUGCCCCAGAACCCCGUAGAAAAUCUUUAAAUCCUUGAAAGUCUUUAAAUUUGAAUUCAGGUGUUUAAGGUCUUUGAAAAGUCUUUGAAUUGUGUGAAAAAGCGAAGAAAGUCUUUUUAGUGAGUAUUUGUUUAUACGAUUUCCUAGCUACUAAUUGUUCGCGUUUGGAAAGACUUUGAAACUAAGCAGAAAAAAUCUUUGAAUAUUUUUGGUCUUGGAGACUAAGAACCCUGCCCAACACAUGCCUACAUCUGGCACUUGUACAAGCGGUAUUGAUAUAACGUUACGCCACUGCCAGAGAUUCUAUAUUUGAUGAUGGUAGAAGAUAAACAUGACUGGAGGGGCGUGUAAAGGGAAAGGUUGGUCAUGACAAAAUAUAUGUGAGCAGGGCCAACAAUUGAUUUUGUACCUGGAACGGGCGGAAGGUCAGCAAACAACAGGUAGCCCCUUCCCCCAAUGUAUGACCUCGCUAAAUCUAUAUGCUGCAAUCUAUGAAGGAUAAAGACUUUGAUAAAUGCUAAGCAGCAGAACUAAUAAGUCCUGUGGUAGAUUUAUAGGAUUGGACAUGUGUAACUCCCUUGCACUUCUGUUGACCAACAUCAAGAGGAAUACAAAAACUAAAUUAAUUAAUUUAGUACUCAAGUUUUUGCUCUUUCCAAGCAUAUCGACGAGGUAAUGAUAGGCUGAUCUUCUGUAUACGGUGAUGUUCACUGUUAAGGUUUCAGAGAUUUAUCGCUGUCGAGACUUCCUUUACUUUUUGCAAUAUCCAUAUUACUCUUAAUAGUCACUCGAUUAGCACCUCAAAAGUUUUCAUUAUCUCUCAAUACACGUAUGUAAACGUUAAUAAAAGAUCUACUGCACCCGCAAGCAUGCAUCAACUCAGUAGAGAAUUUUCCUGAGAAGUUAUGCCCCACAAGGAUAGGGCGAAGUUUCCUCUAUAAAGGUGAUGGAAGGUAGCCUGGGUGGCUGGGUUGAGGCACAGAACAUUAACCAGAAGCCCACUUUCCACAUAACAAAAAGCUGAUUACACUUGCUUAAUGAUGUGGAUUGCUUGGCCGCGCUCGUUUCAGAUAGCUAAACAAGUACAAUUCUGUGGUUGGGUUGGAGUGACCGGGUUGGGGUGGCUGGAUUGUAACAGCAGUGUUCAUGACAGCAUGCUGCUAGUCAGUGCUAGAUCUUGUUUUGUUCCUUAGAGCAUCACUUUUUUUGCUGGAGUCAGAUACAAUUAAUUAUUAUCAUUCUAUAGUGACAUGCCACGAUAUACCUGUUACAAAUGUAGCCAGCUUGUAUCUGAGAAUGCUCCAGGAUUGAUUUGGCACUUAAAGAAUAGACAUGCUCUUUUGGUUGGACGGAUGUUUACGUGCCCUAUAACCUGUGGCCAAAAUGGUUGUAUGCGAACAUUUCGUUAUUCAGCUGCCCUCAUUAAGCAUAUUGAAUCACAACAUGGAGGAGAUGUGAUAGACGGUGAUGACAAUGGUGAUCCAAUAGAUAAUAAUAAUGAAGGUCUUGAUUUUAUACCAGAUCUAGUCCCUGAUGUUCCAGUCGAAGAUCAACAACUACCUGAGCAAGCACAAGACGUUACAAAGUCAGCUGCAAUUUUUCUGGCCAAGAUGAAGGCAUCAAGUAGCACUGUGCAGUCAACUGUUGACCAAGUUGUUUCCGAAACUUCAAAUUUGUUUUCUAAUGUAAUUGGCACGUUGAAAGCAAAAACGGAGCAAUUUUUACAAAGCCAAAAUAUUGACAAGGAUGAUAUUGGUAGACAAAAUCUGCUUCGUGACUUUGACCAACUUCAAAAUCCAUUCGAACAGUUAGAAACUGCCCACCAACAACAAAAAUAUUUUGUUCAGAGUGGUAAUUAUGUCAAGCCGCCCAAGAUUCCCUUAGGUAUUGCAUACUAUCCCCACAACAAUCGAGACACUGGCCACGUGGAUCAAGUUGCCAAGCAUAUAACUUUCCAAUAUGUUCCACUCCCUGACCUUUUAAAAUGUGUUCUGGAAAGUAAGGGUUUCAUGAGAGCAAUUUUACUAUAUCAUCCAAGUAACGAUGGUGUGAUGCGAGACUUUCAUGAUGGACUCUUUUGUAAAGAGCAUGAUUUUUUCGCAAAUCAAAAGAACAUUAGAUUGCUGUUGUAUGUAGAUGAGUGUGAAAUUGCAAACCCCCUCGGUUCCAAGGCCGGAUUGCAUAAAAUAGGAGUGAUAUAUUGUACCAUACUGAAUAUUCCUCCCAGAUUUCGUUCUUCCCUCUGCAAUUGUUUUCUUGUUUCAUUAUACAAUGCUGCAGAUGUAAAGACGUAUGGCUAUGCCCCCAUUUUGCGACCAGCUGUUGACGACAUCAAAUUACUUGAGCGAGAAGGUCUUCGCAUUGUUUCAGAUAUUUUCGAAGGCACUGUACGUGUUAGCAUCGCACAACUUACUGGCGAUAACUUGGGUGUGAACGGAAUCCUUGGAUUCGUCGAAAGUUUUGUCAGCAAUUGUUAUUGUAGACAUUGCAAAAUGCAUAGAGAUGAGAUGCACACUUGCUCAGUUGAACAUCCUGACCAGCUUCGGAAUGUGGAUAAUUAUGAAGCGGACUUGCAGCUUAACAACCCAACUGCUACAGGUGUUAAGGUACCCUGUCUUUUAAACGAGGUUGAUAACUUUCAUAUUACCAGCAAUUAUGCACCCGAUAUAAUGCAUGACUUGUUAGAAGGCGUGUGUGGUUUGGAAGUUCAUCUUGUUUUGGGAAAUUUAAUUGGAGAAGGAUUAUUUGAUCUUGACUUGGUAAACAGUAGAAUCACUAGUUUUGACUAUGCUACCACAGAUUCCAGAAACAAACCAUCGUAAUUCCUUUCAGAAAGCUUCAAACCCCAGAUGGCGCGUCAGGACAGACGGCAUCGCAGAUGUGGUGUCUUAUUCGGUACCUGCCGCUCUUGAUUGGUGACAAAGUACCUGAAGGACACCAACACUUCGAGCUUCUUCUUCUUCUGCUAGAGUGCAUGGAUUUUAUCUUCUCUCCUGAAGUUACCACUGGAGAGACUAUCUUCCUAAAGCAUUUAAUCAAAGAUCACCAUGAUUAUUUUUUGGAAUUGUAUCCAGAUCGUCACCUAAAACCUAAGCACCACUUCAUGACGCACUACCCUCAGCAAAUGCGUUUGCUUGGUCCAUUGUUACAUUAUUGGACCAUGCGAUUUGAGGCCAAACAUCGUUUUUUUAAGCGGUUAGGCCAUAUUGUCUGCAACUACCGAAACAUCCUAAAAACUUUGUGUUCCAGACAACAAAUGUAUCUUUGUUACAACAUUAUGAGUGGCAAAGACCUGGUAGAACGGGAUGUUGAAAUAGGUCCUGGAUCAUUAGAACUAGUUGCUUCAUUGGAGGGAGCUGAGUUUUUGAGCAGAACAUUAGAGAUCCAUUUAUUCCAAGAGGUUUACGUUGCAAAAUGGUGCAUUAUUCAUGGUAUCAAAUACUGCAAAAACCUAUUGGUUAUAACUGGGAAGUCUGAUGAUGUUAUGCCAAUAUUUCAGCAGAUUGUUUAUGUCAUUGUCACAGAAAGCAAUGCAGUUAAAGUAAUUACAGAGAAAUGGGAUACAGUCCGAUAUGACAGGCACACUCAUACAUAUGUUAUUCGCCGGCCGGAUGCAACUUCAUGGUCUAUGGUUUCUGUUGAUAAUCUAUAUGAUUACUACCCUUGCCAUGCAUCAAAAUCAUACAACGAGGGUGACCAACACGGUUAUGUUGUUCUGCGUCACAGAAUUCAUUAAUUGUAGUAUAAAGAUUAAUGCCCAGCAUAACGUACGCAAAAGAGCCAUAUAGAUAAUAAUAUAGACAUAAAAUUUAUUUAAGAAGUACUAACGUUUCGUCUUUAACAUAAGACAUCUUCAGAGUAAAUGAAUAUAGUAUGACAAUAGUUUACAAAUACGAAUAAAUUACUAUUUACAAUAUCAACCAGGGUAAUAGGAAUUACCGCAUUCGUAUUACCCUGAUUGAUAUUGUAAAUAGUAAUUUAUUAAAAUUAUAACUUAUUCUCAUACUAUAUUAAUUUAUUCUGAAGAUGUCUUAGGUUAAAGACGAAACGUUAGUACUUCUUAAAUAAAUUCUAUGUCUAUAUUAUUGUCUAUAUGGCUCUUUUGCGCACGUUAUGCUCAUUGCUGGGCAUUAAUCUUUAUACUACGAUUACGAUUCCCGCCUGGUUCAUCACUUGCAAGAAUUCAUUAACCCAUUGAUGGUACGGUAUUUUGCAAUCUGCAUAUUAUAUUAAAAAUGAUGACGAAAUAAUAAGCCGACGGAUAUCCCAACAACCAUUGACCUUCCCUUAUAUAUUUUUGCGAGGGUACCAGUGUAGGUAGAGACGUGAGAAGUAGUUGCGAAGCGUAGUUUGUUCAACUACCUCAAAAAUAAGAAUUUCAAAACAAGUCAUUUGAUGUUAAUUCGAGCGAAGGCCCUUUGUCAACCCUGAUUGCAGAGGUUCAUAUUUAUCACACAGGACAUUAUAGAGAUAGCAAAGGGAAAAUAAAAUGCGGCAAUAAGAUCCUCAUUUUGCAAUGACUGUAUUUGUUUAAUCGACUUUCUAUAUUGUCCAAGAAUUCUCCUGCUGAUAUUAGUAGUCUGAGGCACAAUUAGCCAGCCUAGAGUAAAAUACGAAAUUGGUAUAUAUGGACACAGCGCUAAACAACAGAUUGUACCAUGCAGUUUCUGUGCAAGAAGUGAAUCAUUGCUAAUUAGAAUACGUUUGUUUUUUUACUUAUUAUUUUAGGCAGCCGAGAGCGAGGAUAUGGACUGUAUUGUUUCUGCAUCUACUUCCAAAAGUGCCGACAACCUGGAAGUGCCAAUUAUUACAAAAAGACCUCUAACUCCAAAUCUCCAAGCACCUGGAAACAAAGCGGACAGUAUUCAAUAUGUUAAGAAAUCCAAGCACGACUUUGUAAGUGUAAAUGAUCAAUUUGUUUUAAUUAAGUAUCUUCGGACUUCGCUAAAUGGUCACCAUUGUUCAUACUGUGUUGCUUUCAUUCCAUUAAGAAUGUCAGAUCAAUUAUAGAAGGCCAUACAGAAGGUCCUGCCAUACUGACCGAACUGGAUAGAGGUGAAUUGAGCAGAAAAAUGAGGAUUAAAAUGGUUCAGAUACUUGUUGCUGACAUAAUUGAGAAUUUCGGAGACAGGUUAAUAAGUUGGGUUUUUUUGUCAAUUCAAACCAUUUUUUGAAUUUCAUAUGUUCACUCAUUAAUUAGAGUCCGGGUUCUGUCACACAAGAUUAGCUUGAAUGGAUGUCCAGUUCUGAUGAACAGUUCACUAGCUUGAAUGGAUGUCCCACUGAGAUGCAUAUUAAUUAAACUCCGCCUGAUGAGUAAAAUGCUCAAAGUUUGAUAAAAACAGUUAGAAAAGAAAACGACAAAUGCCAAAUUGCAAAAAAAUUGGGGAAUUAUAAAAAUGAAAUUUUAUGUCACUUACAGUAGACAUACAUGUAGUAUUUUGUCGUUACCAUAAUUAUUUCUACUUUUUUCCAUCAAUUAAGGUUGAAAUGGAUUUCAGAAUUUUAUAUCCAGAUGUAGCAGAGAACCUUUUUCUACGUAUGGUACCGACUUUGGUGAAAAAGAUUUUAUCGUAUGCCCAUUUACAGGGGACAAAAUGGUUGUCAUACCUGAACAUCAGAACAGAAAAUUUAAAAACUGGUGAGUAUUGCAAUUAUGAUUACUUUUAAUACAGUCGGGAUGAAGUCAAACCAGGAUUGUCAUCAUGUUUAUAUGAGACAGGUCCGAAAAUCACAACAUUUUCCAGGUAUUUUCCUUCAUUAUUUUCUGCAUUGCUUUAAUUUGUGAGCAUGUGUUGUUCUGAAUAAAGCCAAACUCGCUUACAGCUGAGACGGUCUGAAUAUUUUAUGUUUACAUUCAUCCAGGUCUGAAUUCAUGAAGUCAGUUGGUUCGGUCCUGCAGACGGAAUGCCUUCUGACCGGUUUGAGUAUUUUUUGUGCCGGUCUCAUGUAAACAUCUAUUUUAAAUGAUGUUCCUGUCAUGGGAUUUUCUCAAAAAAUCUGGACUGGGAAAUGGGAUUAGGGCCCCCUCCCCCUUGACGACCUUCUUAUACAGUAUGUAGAUAAAUCUGCAUAAUUAUGCAUCCUCAGCCUUUGUACAAUCUGUAUGCAGUUUUAUCUCUAAACGAGCUGAAUUGUUGUAAUGUUUUGCACAUGCAAACAAUUUGUAACCUAAUUUUCCUGCGGUAUUAUUUUACUAUGUCUAUUAAAAUUAUUUCAUUCUUGAAAGGGGCAGUGCAGUGCAACCCAAUUAGUUAAUUCACUAGUAUACAUCUAUAGUUCUUUCACUAGUACAUGUCUUUAUUUACGAUUGGUGUUGUCGUGCAACUGUUAGUCAACAAUUUAAAUAGCAAUUAAAAUAAAAUUGUCAAAAGGUAUUAGAUAAUUUAAAGUUAAAUGAAAAAAUUCAACUUGUUUUAGAUGAACAAAAGAUGAACAUUGCCAUUAGCCUACUGCCUUGUAUCCUUCCUACUGGAAGGAAUGGGAAAAAAAAGAUGCAGCAUUGACGAAGCAAUGAGAUCUUUUUUGGAUGUUAAACCCGUAAGUCAAACUAACUUCCAAAUUAUGCUGAAGGUUAUUGUCUCCUGAAGUCACUCCCCUACAUAUAUGGAUGAAAAGGUCUAGCUGUUUACACUUGCUGUUAUUUCUAGUCAGUUUCCUUCUUCUGAUGGAUAUGAAUGAGCGGAUGAAUUGUGAAUGAUCAAAUAAAUAAACUAACAUGUUCUCAGGAAUUCACAAUUCGUGUACUCAAAAUACGAUAAUUGCAUUGGAAAACAAAAAUUGAAAGUGUAUAAACAGGGCCUCGAUAUAUAUGUCCGCUUGGCAAUGCCGUCAGUCCAAUAGGCAUUGCAUGGCCAGUAUUCCCAUAAAAUAAAGCAAUCUGUAGUUGCCAAAUGAAUAUGAUUCUUUGAUCAUUUAUAGAUUGGUACAAACAUGCCCAAACUACUUGAGGAAGCCAGUCGAUCUCCAUUUAUAUUGGCUAUUGGCGCUCGAGAAAGUCCCAAUCAAGUUUUUGUGGUUGUCGAUGGACAAGGCUUGGAGCAGCCCAGUCUUGUUAAAGCUGUUGAUGUCUGCUUUAAACUUUUUUACAUUCUAGAUGUACAUUACCCAUGGCAGUGUGCUGUAACGUGGGAGUUCAUUCAAAAAGUGCUGUAUGGAAUCGAGGACAAACUGAAAGGCAAGACUUCGCCAGCAGUUAUUGCAAUGAGGGCUGCCUUAAACAAAUGAUUAUAAUAGUUUAUAUUGAGACUAACUGGGAAUAAUGUUUUGUUCAGGACAGCAAUAUCCCUAUAUACAGUAUUUAUUUGUUCAAUGUUAGAUAAGACUAUUAUAAGUUACUAUGGUUAUAAUACUAAAAUUCAACUUGUUUUAGAUGAACAAAAGAUGAACAUUGCCAUUAGCCUACUGCCUUGUAUCCUUCCUACUGGAAGGAAUGGGGAAAAAAGAUGCAGCAUUGACGAAGCAAUGAGAUCUUUUUUGGAUGUUAAACCCGUAAGUCAAACUAACUUCCAAAUUAUGCUGAAGGUUAUUGUCUCCUGAAGUCACUCCCCUACAUAUAUGGAUGAAAAGGUCUAGCUGUUUACACUUGCUGUUAUUUCUAGUCAGUUUCCUUCUUCUGAUGGAUAUGAAUGAGCAGAUGAAUUGUGAAUGAUCAAAUAAAUAAACUAACAUGUUCUCAGGAAUUCACAAUUCGUAUACUCAAAAUACGAUAAUUGCAUUCGAAAACAAAAAUUGAAAGUGUAUAAACAGGGCCUCGACAUAUAUGUCCGCUUGGCAAUGCCGUCAGUCCAAUAGGCAUUGCAUGGCCAGUAUUCCCUUAAAAUAAAGCAAUCUGUAGUUGCCAAAUGAAUAUGAUUCUUUGAUCAUUUAUAGAUUGGUACAAACAUGCCCAAACUACUUGAGGAAGCCAGUCGAUCUCCAUUUAUAUUGGCUAUUGGCGCUCGAGAAAGUCCCAAUCAAGUUUUUGUGGUUGUCGAUGGACAAGGCUUGGAGCAGCCCAGUCUUGUUAAAGCUGUUGAUGUCUGCUUUAAACUUUUUUACAUUCUAGAUGUACAUUACCCAUGGCAGUGUGCUGUAACGUGGGAGUUCAUUCAAAAAGUGCUGUAUGGAAUCGAGGACAAACUGAAAGGCAAGACUUCGCCAGCAGUUAUUGCAAUGAGGGCUGCCUUAAACAAAUGA